AUGACUCUCACCAAACGAUUUGUUGCUGAAGUCGAAAAAGUGGAAGGCGACACGCAUAUCCUCCUCAUCACCACCGGCAGCGUCGCCUCCAUUAAGGCGCCUCUCAUCGUAUCGGAAUUACUGCGAUACGAGAACGUCAAGGUAGAGGUAGUCUCUACCAAGUCCUCUCUUGCCUUCUUCGAUGCCGGUGAAAUCGAGAAGGCCGGCUCGAGGGUGUGGACGGACGAAGACGAGUGGGCGGGAGGCUUCCGCAUCGGCGACCCCAUCCUCCACAUAGAACUGCGCCGAUGGGCCGACGUCGUCCUGAUCGCGCCGUGUUCCGCGAACACCCUCUCAAAGAUCGCCCACGGGCUGUGCGACAACCUUGUGACAUCUCUGCUGCGGGCACUCGCCCCCACCACACCGACGUACGUGUUCCCCGCCAUGAACACGCUCAUGUACGAGCACCCCUUGACCGCGGAGCAUCUGCGCGUUGUUCGCGAGGUUGUCAAAUACCAGGUGGUAGGACCUAUCGGAAAGACUCUCGCUUGCGGAGAUGUCGGACUGGGAGCUAUGACAGAGUGGAGGGACAUAGUGCAGAUUGUCGUUGACAAGUUUAAUCUGGUGCGAAGAGAAGGGCCUGAGUGAAUGUGAAUACACAUGAUCCUGUUGCCAGCGGAUGGGGAUGGCCUGCGUGGAGUGUGUAUCCUGCAUCCAUCCUCCUACGAAUCCAUACCGUGUAGCCCUCUGGCCAAGGGGCG